ACGCUACGUGUAAGGGGCUAGGAUUACUAUGCAGCUCUGAACUGUUGUUGUUGAGAUCGGACCGAAGCUAACAGCUAAAUGUUAAUACUGAGGCCGACAAACAGCGACGCUGGAGAUGAAUACAUCGCUGCGCUGUUUGCUGGCUUUUGAGCAGGUGUAGCGUAGACAUCUAUAACGUUUUGUGUUUCUAGUGUAGAAGCCCAUUUGUUUUUAGUAUGUUUCUGCCAAUGAGCGUUUUUAAUACCCUUUUAGCCCCGGCUGUUAGCUUCGCUUUAACUAGUUUCUAUAGCGGCAGAGCGAACUCAUAUUUAUAAGCUACUGUUUUGUGAUUUUAAUUGAUGCAAAUUUGGGGCCUGAAUUUGCCACGAGUGGCUGUGUUCAGGCAAAUACUGCUUUAACCUUUGGAUUCUGAUGCGCUAACGGGUAAUCGAUGCUAACUUUAGCCGAUUGCUAAAGAUCAGACGUCUUUGUUUCCUUCAGCUGGUCAGUUUAUGAUGUGAGGGCAGCCAGCUAUGUUAGCUCAUUAAGCAGUAGAUUAGCCUGUUUUAGUGUUUGUCAGUGUCGCUAAUGCCGAGCUAACAGACCCGGCAAUUUUGACUUUUUUUUAAAUUCGUGGCUGAGAUGGAACUGUCACCGUAGUGAGCUUCUUCGUCAUCAUUGUUGCCACAAUAAUCUGGCAGCUCUUGGACAUUUUGAGUUGCUAUGGCCCUCAGACUAGGCUGCAGGCAGAGCCGCGCUGCAUGUGCUGUGUACCUGCUCAUUCUUUCAGGAUGCUUUGCUGGCUCUCAGAGGAAUGACAAUGUGUACAUGUCUGGGAUUUCUAAUGCCUGUGGUGAUGUGGCGGAGCUGCUGCGGGCAUCCAAUGGGGUCAUCACCAGUCCUGGUUGGCCUUUUCAGUACCCAGCCAGACUGAACUGCAGCUGGAACAUCAGAGCAAGACCUGGUGACACCAUCACCAUCAGUUUUCAGGACUUUGAACUGCAAGGUUCCCAUCGGUGUUCCUCAGACUGGAUGUCUAUCAGCAGCUACAGGAAUCUAGAUGGGUUACGAGUUUGUGGUUCAUCUCUGCCACCACCCUAUAUCUCUUCUCAGGACCACAUCUGGAUCCACUUUCAUUCUGACGAUAGUCUGACAGGGAAAGGCUUUAGGAUGUCCUAUGUCACUGGUAAGCCUGAGGCACCCAGCUGUGACGUAGACCAGUUUCAUUGUUCCAACGGGAAGUGCAUCCCAGACUGGUGGCGCUGUAACUCCAUGGAUGAGUGCGGUGACAAUUCAGACGAGGAGCUGUGUGUGGACACGCCCUUCUCUUUCCAGCCCUGCAGCUUGAACCAGUUCCCCUGCCUCUCACGCUACACCCGCAUCUACACCUGCCUACCUCACAGCCUGCGAUGCGACGGCAGCAUCGACUGCCAGGACCUUGGUGAUGAGAUAGACUGUGACGUUCCCACCUGUGGAGAAUGGUUGAGAAAUUUCUACGGUUCCUUCAACUCUCCAAACUACCCAGACUUCUACCCUCCAGGAAGUAACUGCACCUGGCUAAUUGACACUGGAGACCACAGGAAGGUCAUUUUAAGAUUUACAGACUUUAAACUAGAUGGAACAGGUUAUGGCGACUAUGUAAAGGUCUACGACGGCUUGGAGGAGAACCCUCGUCGUCUUCUAAGGGUGCUGACGGCCUUUGACUCCAGAGCACCGGUGGCCGUGGUUUCAUCAUCAGGUCAGCUCCGAGUUCACUUCUAUGCUGAUAAGAUCAACGCUGCCAGAGGCUUUAACGUCACCUACCAGGUGGAUGGGUUCUGCCUGCCAUGGGAAAUUCCCUGUGGAGGGAACUGGGGCUGUUACACUGAGCAGCAGCGCUGCGAUGGGUACUGGCACUGUCCCAAUGGUCGGGAUGAGUCAAACUGUUCUUCCUGUCAGGAAGAUGAAUUCCCCUGCUCUAGAAAUGGAGCCUGUUACCCACGGUCUGAUCGGUGCAACUACCAGAACCGGUGCCCCAAUGGUUCUGAUGAGAAAAACUGUUUUUUCUGCCAACCUGGAAACUUCCACUGCAAGAAUAAUCGUUGCGUGUUUGAGUCAUGGGUCUGCGAUGCUCAGGACGACUGUGGCGAUGGCAGCGAUGAGGAGAGCUGUCCUGUUAUUGUUCCCACCCGAGUCAUUACCGCUGCUGUGAUCGGUAGCCUCAUCUGUGGCCUCCUCCUGGUCAUUGCCCUCGGAUGCACCUGCAAACUCUACUCACUGCGCAUGUUCGAGCGCAGGUCAUUUGAGACCCAGCUGUCCAGAGUGGAGGCAGAGCUACUGAGGAGAGAGGCACCACCAUCAUAUGGUCAAUUGAUUGCCCAGGGAUUGAUCCCACCUGUGGAGGAUUUUCCAGUUUGUUCUGGGAACCAGGCGUCUGUUUUGGAAAACCUGCGUCUUGCCGUUCGCUCCCAACUCAGCUUCACCUCUCUAAGACUUCCUUCUUCCAGUCGUCACAGCAACUUGUGGCGUAGGCUCUUUACCUUCUCGCGGUCUCGGAGGUCUGGUUCUUUGGCCCUCGUCUCUGCUGACUUGGAAGACAGUGGUGGUACUGGAAGCACUGGGAGCUCUGGUUCCGAUCUGCUGUCUCAUGAUUCAGAUGAUACAGACACUGAGGGCGAGCGAGGGAGGGAGCGAGGCGUGGGUGCUGUGGGUGGUCCAGUUGCCCCUCUCCCAACCAAAACCCCACCCUCCAGCGCUGUGGAGGCUGUGAUGUCAGUGAUGUCAGCGACAUCUAGGACCACAAUACAAUGCCGGGACCAAAGUCUCAACCACCCCAGAGAGACUCCACCCCCUCCCGGUCCUGUCAACGUACUAACAUCUAAUCCGGAUCUUGAAUGUCAAAGUGACACCUUAGAACCCCAGGCAGUGCCAACUUCUACUCUACAACGCUUGGCUCAAAACCUGCAUCGUCUUGCUAGGAACCUGACCCGAGCCAGCCAUAGCCAUCAGAUCCCAGCCUGGACCAAUCAAAGCCCUCUCCACCAGUUGGAGACAGGAAGAUGUGGGGACGAGGCCACUCGGCAACAAGUGAGCAGAGGUGAAGAAGAAGAAGAAGAUGUGGAGCUUCUGAUUCCUGUGUCUGACUCUGAAUCUUCCUCCUCCUCAAUGAUCACUGAUGUCAGACAUCUGCUGGAACCACAUCCCUCCUCCAUCGUAGGCCAUGCUACUCGCCACCACAGAGUACACGGUGGUCAAGCAGGGCGGGACGGUCCCUGUGAACACUGUGGUAUAGUCCACACAGCUCAGAUUCCUGACAGCUGUCUGGAGGCCUUAGGGAAGACAGAGAGCAGCGACGACGAGCUCCUACUGCUUUGCUAACAGGCUAACUCAUCUGGCUAACAUGCUGACACUUCUAAGACUAAAACUACGGUUUGCUAACAUGCUGCUGUUAAACUAGCCUGUCUCAAACCAACCAUGAGUUAAAACAGUAACUAGCUGGUCAGCAAUCCUCUGACAGUACAAGACGAAAAGGCUUCACUUCACCCUCAAUUACAACUGGAAAUCUGAUGUUUUAGCAUGUUAGCUGGAUUAGAAGUUUGAGGUUUUGAUCAUGACUAAGGGGCUUGAUGUUACUGAUGUUUCACCCAUGUCAACCUACCCUUCGCCUCUGGUCCAUCCGUUAAAACACUCCCCUUCUCUGCAGGUUGAUUUGUUCCAUGUGUUGAUCUGACUUUGCAAACACUGACUUGACCUGAGCUGCUUAAUGGUACGAAUACAAACGAGAACACUGAACUCUGAUCUAAACGGUGCUGGUUGUAUGAAUGAUGGUGGUCACGUGACUGAUGGAAGUAGCCAGAAAGCCUAUGCUGAACAGGUGUGCGUUCUGUGUCAGCUAAAGUAAAUCACCUGUUAAUUUCAUAGCAGCAUACAGAAGGAGUUGAUUAAACCAACGUCUGCUGACAGACAUGUUUCAGUGUUCUAUCUGAACCCUGCUGUUCAUUGAGAUCAGACCUGGUAACAAUAACAUUUCACAUUUACACCUGUGUGCAGCUACGUUAAUGAGCUGGCACCGGAGUUUUAUCUUGCAUGAAAACUAAAGUUGUCGUCUCACUGUGUGUUGAUAGAAAAUGGUUCAGACAAGCUGGUCAUCACUGGAAUCCAGUAGCUCUAGGUCCAAUCAGUAUAGUCCCAAUCUGAGACAAAAGCCUAGAAUAGAUGAAGUUGGAAAAUUCAGCAGCUUGAAAUUAAUAUAGGAUCCAGGAUUGUAUUGGCCCAUUUAAGGCUAAAUUUUGGACCAUGGGUUUGUGAACAGACUGUUGGCAGCUCAGACCCUGACGCCUGAGGGCUCUGCCGUCCCGCAGCAUGUGGUUCAUCUCAUUCCUCAGGAAGGUGAUAAGUAGGUGCUCUGAGGUUUAUUCUGAAAGUUUGUGCUGUGGCCACAAAGUUUUGUUUUAAGGUAACUUAUUGACAUUUUUAUAUUUUAAAGUUUCAUAUUAUAAAACCAGACCAUGGACAACAGUGCUGCUCACACUGGGCCCUUGAUCAGUCUCUCGUCACACUGAGAGUGUGCAGUUCCUUCUGGCAUUUGAUAUUUUGGAUUUGUUAGUUAGGAAGAGGAGUGACAGUUUUAGAUCCACUGAGCCGGUUACCGCAGAUCUACAUUUGGUUUCUUGAAUAAUUAUGUGAAACAUGUUUCAAAUGGAGGAGUGCAUCAGAACCAGGCCAGCAGAAUCCCUUUUGAGAGUCUGAAGGUUCAGGUAAACGUCCUGUGUUGUUCCUACUCUACUCAGAUCAAAGCCUUUCAAACUGACCCGUCUGUAUUUAUGGUCUUUGUUAUAGUUUCGUUCUGUGGUUGCUGGAUCCUGUGAGAGUGGGACUCUAUUUAUUGUUAAUAAGACAACUCCUUAUUGUGUUCAUUUGCUGUUGUAUACGUGCAUGAUUCCGUGUUUUGGUGUUUUUCUUUGUGUGUAAAGUUCAACACUUUAGCAGCACUGAAGAUUAAAGUUCAUAUUUCAGUCUG